GUCCUCUCAUGCAGCCGGCCAUUCAGCACCCUCCUUUGCUCAUCCUAGAGCGUAUACUCUUUUAUCUUUCACCCGAGUUUCCCCUUGAGUGGCGUGACAAGGAGGAUGCAUAUGAGAUUGUUAAGCCUAUAACGCAUGUUUGCCAGUCAUGGCAGCACAUAUCCCUCUGUCACAAAUUCCAGCAUGUCUAUGUGGGGACCCAAACUAGACCAGCUCUCAGACUGGCCCAUACCCUUAACGUUUGUGACAAGAUCAAAGGAGUCACAAUAAUACUUCAGACGAACAGCAUAUUCCAUUCUCCAGGAGCUGCUCUGUUAAAGAAGCACAUACUGAACGGCCAUACCUUAGCGAAUGUUACAAAUCUCACCUUCAUCUUUUUUGGAAGCUCUUACAAGGUAAACAAUCCAUUGGCUGACCUGUAUUCUCGUGAAUUCAGUGACGAACUUUUUCGCAUAUUUCCAUCUAUCACGCAUAUUGGAGUGAAACAAUCCUGGGAAACCGCAACAACAGAUCCUCCAUCUUACUUGCACAAUCUUUUACAACGUCUAUUAAAUGGAAGGGCCGGAAGUACAACCGACGAGUAUUGUCUGAGCGAUAUUCUUCCAUUCCCACCAAAUGCAGCUCCAUUACAGAGCUUAGACAUCAGUUCGGUUUAUAAGUCAAAGUCAGUUUACGCUCUUGUGCGCAAAAAACGCUCAAUCCUUGCUAUGUCUACGCCUAGAACUGACUGUAUCCACGAUGGUGCAACUGCCAUGUAUCCUCAGCUUCACAUGCUUCAUAUACGUACCAGUAUACAGUACCAGAAUUCGAUGCUGGACCUUGUUUCAACUGAUGGAGUGCCGUUUUCUGCGCUCAAAACUUUGGUAUUUUAUGGUUUGUAUCCAUUUGAAGACGAUACCCUUCUGCGUGGAUCCGAGGACUCGCUGACACUAUUGGACAUGUACAUAUCAAAUAGUACCAUCGAUACUUUCUGCCAGUUCAACUUGCUGGGGAAAUCAUUAGGGUUGUCAUACAUGGAAAUCAGCGCGCUGCCGUGA